AUGUACGGUUGGUCUCUGGGGUUUUCAAGCGGUGUCGGUAUAUACCAUUGUUGGCGCGAUCUUGCGAAGCGGCGGUGUCAAAGCGUGUUGUGGGUCAUCGGUUUCUUGGGUGCAUUAACAUCUGUACGACGCUGGGAUGAUUCUACGCAGUCAUUGGCGCAGGGUCGUUUUCGUUGGUCUCUUCUCCUCUUUUUUCUUUUAUUUCCAUUUAUCAUUUCUUCCUUGGGAGCUCGAUUCUCCUCAUACAUUACACGCCUCGUUUUCGAGGGCAGUGAAUCCUAG